CCUACCUUACCCAUCUAGAUGUUCGAUUCGAUAAUAACUAAACUACUGGCUGCAGCUGCUGCACGAUGGUAUUUGAAAAAAACGAAGAGCCGCCGUAGGGGCAAUAAAGCGAACUGCCAGGAGUCCAGGACUGCUAAUAGAAAUGAAAGUUAUAGUGGACUAUUUAGAACCCGGACCCUUGAACCUGGUGGAUCGACCAAGGUACGUCUACUAGGUCAGUCCUUGUCGGGAAUCAGUGAGAUCAGUCGAUGGGUGAAUCUCCCCGCUAUUGAAUUUUUCCGACACCGUGACCCAAUUUUCAAUCGAGCUAAUUAUUUUUUCUCUUCACACAUUUUACUAUAAAGCUCCUUCUUUACCCUCCAGGUCGAGGCGUCAGAAAAUCUCCUGCGAUGCCACCACGCAUGCCAACCUCCUCAACGGUAUCGUCCGCUUUUGGUAGACUUUCCCUAUCAUCUACCCUUUCAUCCAGCGGAGCUCAAUGCUCUGCUCGAUGUCCCACUCCAUCAUGUCCGAAGGAUAGGGCAAACUUCUCUACCACCCCCAGUCGAGCUCGCUUCACCAAGUUACGCCGCAACUUCAGAAUAUGGAUUAAUGGCCCCGGUUCCAGGUUUCGCAGACCUGCGGAGGAUGGUCCCAAUUACAUCCAGUCGAGGACUGAUAUGGAUUUGAACAAGACCCGGCCAUUUCCGCUCAAUCGCCAAUUCAAGAGCGAGACCGUUCUAGAUGAUCGGGCGAGGGAGGUGAUUUGGGAGAAGGUCAUGCGUGACGGCGAGCCCAUAAAGGCGGUGUCUGCCGAAUUAGGCGUCGACAUUAGGAGAGUGGCUGCUGUCGUAAGGUUAAAGGAAGUCGAGAAGAACUGGAUCAAUACGGGGAAGCGGUUGGCCAAGCCGUACGCCAAAGCUGUGUUAUCCAUGCUGCCCACACACUCCAUCCGGGUAGGCCAUCAAAAUCUACCUUUCGAGGCCAUCAAUGAGCUACAUGUGCAUCCACACACCAUGAAGCAGAUUUUCUGGCCCACGUCCGAGUCGCGUCACUUCACUCGUGAGGAUGCCGCCAAGGCUUUCAACACCAAGAUGCUCUCCGCAGACAAGAGAGUACCCCACCCUGAACUGAUUCAGAUGGAGCGGGAGGUGCUGCAAGGUCGGCCGUUGCACGAUGCCGCUCAAAGAUUCAAGGAGGCCGCAGCGGAGUCGGAGAGAAAGGCGGCCCAGAAGCAGAUUGCGAAAGCACAGAUCGAUGAGAAAUACACUACUCGGGUGAAAACGAGUCGUUUCGAGUUCCGCUUCAGGCAGAUCAACGCCGAGAACGUCGGUCCCAAGGGCAGGUCCCGACAGGCAGUUGGCUGGAAGUACGGUGCACCACACUACGAUCGUGCCAAGGGUCAAAUCAAGAUUCCUACCUCCGUGCCAUGAUCCAGCACUGGGUAAGUCAAAGUCAAUGGCGAGGGAGUCUUUGUAUAAGAGAUGUAUAAAUAAGCCGAACGAGCAUGGGUGGAACCAUCACGUUAGGGGUCAUGAGCUGUUACUUACACCCAUAUAUGCUCAUAGAGAGCAGGGCAGUAGUCUAAAUAGCCAGCUUCUAUACGUAGGCAUACAUACAUACAUACAUAUAUUACUGAAAAUACAAGCAAUUA